AUGGCUGUGCCAUGCCUGGAGAACCAAGCUGCCUGGAACCCCAACCUGAUCCCAAAGCAGGAGGAGGACUGCAAGGAGGAGGCAAAGCCUGCGCAGGCCUGGAGAUGCUGUUCUGCCACUGCCACAGCUCCUGGGUUCUCCAGGAGAGCCAGAGGUGCAUGGCCACCUUGCACGUCCCUAGCACACCCAAGGAGGAAGGGCUUUGGAGAAGUGGAGAGCCGGGGCACACAGCCAUCUCGAAGGUCCCCUGCGGGGCUAAGGAAGAGGGGAUUUGGAGAAGUGACAACUUUGAGGAGGUUGCCACUGCCCCUGCCUUUGCUCAGGAUCAGCCGCGCCACUUUUGUGAAGUAGUCCUCACUGGAGAACAAGUUUGCUGUGGGGAGUGGAGCAAGGCUCAUUUCCUCCGUCUGCUACUUUGAGUCUGAAAAUGACUGGUGGGUGAGCAAGCACAUUAAGAAGCCGAUUUGCUCCACAGUCCAGCUGAGCAGGCACCCCAGCAACAUUUUCCUGGCUGCAGGGUCAUGUGACUUUAAAUGCAGAGUGUUCUCGGGUGACAUCGAGGUGGACGAGAAGCCAGCCAGCACCCCGUGGGGCAGCAAGAUGCCCGUCGGCCAGCUAAUGGCGGAAUUCAGCAGCAGCGGCACCGGCGGCUGGGUGCACGGCGUCAGCUUCUCAGCCAGCAGGAGCCGCCUGGCCUGGGUCAGCCAUGACAGCAUGGUGUUCGUGGCCGACGCCUCCAAGAGUGUGCAGAGAGGCGCGAUCUUCCUCCUGCCUUCGUGCCCCAGGUCUGCAGGGAGAAUCCAAGUGGUGCUUUGUCACCAGACUGCAGUGAAGAUGGCUCAGUGGCAAGGGAAGAAGCCCGGAGCCCGCUUUCAGGCAACUUGGCACUUGCCCUCCCAUUGUCAGCCCCAGGGUGUCGACUGUGAAGACAGAGUUUCUGCCACUGCUCAGUUUUUCCUUCUCAGAGAACAGCAUCGUGAUCACGGUAUCCAUUUACAAUGUGGGCCAGCAGGACAGUCGCAAAUCAUGCACCACUGGCAUCGACAAGACCAUGAUGAUCUGGGAUUUCAAGGCAACUCGGAAGCCACCAUGGGUGUUGAUAUCCUGAUAGGAGCCACAGGUCGAGACCUGUCCCAGGAGAAUCCAUAUUUACCCACAUGGAAGCCUAUGAGGAAGGAGUUCACCACCGAUGGAAUAUAUCGAACCUUGCUAUGCCAAGGCUCCAUGAAACUCAGAAGAGACAAAACAAGAGAAAAAAAGCUACAUCUCUCCUUGUUCAAUGAUGUUUUGGUUGUUGCUAAUAACCUGGAAAUAACAGAUCUAACAGCAGCCCAGUCAUGUGAAGAAUGCCAGCUGGACUUUAACCUGGUCAGUAAAAUGGAAAAGAGACGAGUGAAUGAGGUUCCAAAAUCAUCCCUGGCUCUCGUAGGGUGGGCAGUUACAAAUAAAGAGGAACCUGUGUAUGAACUGAGUUCACUGGCCAACUUUGAAGCUGGUGUCAUCAUAGCACAGAAAGGGAUGGAGAAAAAGGAUGGUGAAAGCUUUCCUGCUUGGACAGAAGUGUCAGUUAUUUAA